GGAAUUUUAUCUGACUUAACCACAAUUCUAGCACAGCAGCUAAAUUUUACAUACUCGUUUGUGGAGACGCCGGACCGACGAUACGGCGCUGUCGUUAACGGCACGUGGAAUGGUUUGACUGGACAAUUGUUCUACCAAAAAGUUGACAUGGUCGUAGCAGAUUUUACCAUAUCAAGUGAACGACUGGAAGUAAUUGACUUCAUUCUGCCCAUGUAUAUCAAUCAGAAUUUGGGAGUCAUCUUCCGCAAAGACAUCUCCGAGGACAGUAAUUGGAUAAAACUGUUCCGACCACUUAGCGGUUACGUGUACGUCUGUCUUCUUGCGACUGUGAUAGUUGUUGGAAUUUUAUUUUACCUGAUUGACGAAAAUUUUGAUCAAAAUUCUUCAUUUUAUGUCACUAAAAAACGGACCCUUUUGAAAUUCUUUUCCUCUUUAACACCCGUCUUGGGAUUUGUAUCGUUGAAUGGAAAUGGAUUAUGGCCUAAGAAAACGUCAGCUCGCAUUUUAGUAGCGCACUUUUGGUUCUUCGCAGUCGUUUUAACUGCGACUUACGUUGGAAACCUUACGGCAAAAUUGACAGAGAAGAUCGAAACGCGUCCGUUUUCCAGUUUGGAUGAAUUGGUUAAUUUGGAAGGCUGGAAAUGGGGAAUGAUGGGCGGUGGUCUCGUCCAAAGCAUCAUCAAGAAUUCUCGGGAAGGGGUCAUGAAGAAAUUGUACGAAGCGAUGGUUGAGUUCAACAAAACGGACCCGAAUACGUUUGCGUGGGAUUUUGAAGUCCAUUUAGACAAGGUUUUGAAUUUGAGGGAAAAAUACGCUUUAGUUCUUUUGGAUCCCAAAUUCUAUAUGUUAAACAGCACCCAUUGCAACUUUGCUAUCGUGGACAAUGUUAUCAGCUCUCUUGGGCUUGCUUUGGCUGUGACUAAAGACUCUUAUCUGAAACACGAUCUUGAACAGACGAUGUGGGCUUUGUCAAAUAACGGUAUAUUGCAGUUACUGCAAGAU